CUUUUGGCCCAGCUGGCUCCUCACGACAGCCUUCCCGGGCCCGGUUUGUCCCCUUUGGCGGCCUCUCCAGGCCCAGCACCUCCUCAAGUCGGCCUCUCCAGACCCAGCUGCAGCCUCCCGGCGUCCUCUCCAGGCCCAGCUCUUCCUCCCGGCUGCGUCCACGGGCCCGGCUCCUGCCUCACAGCAACCGCUUUGGACUCAGCUCCUGCCCAGCUCCUGGCGGCCUCUGUCGGCCGAAAACUUCUUCAAGCCACGCUCUCCCGGCCCAGCUCAGGCCUCGACGGUGGCCUCUCCGGGCUCAGCUCCUCGCCCUCCGACGGCGUCUCCGGGCCCCCAGACUUCCUCCAGUGGGCUCCUCUCGGCCCAGCUUGGGCCUCCCGGCGGCCCCUGCGGGCCCAACUCGUCGUGAAGCCGGCCUCGCCGGGCCCAGGUCCGGCCUCCCGGCGGCCUCUCCGGGCGCAGCACGUCCUCGAGUGGGCCCCUCCAGGGCCAGCUCCUGCCUCCCGUCGGCCUCUAGAGGCCCAGCCUCUGCCUCCCUCAUGGCGGCCCCUCCAGGCCCAGCUCUUCCUGGUCCUCCUGGCUGCGUCGACAGGCCCAACUCCUGCCUCCCAAGCAAAGCAAACAACCUCUCUGGGCUCAGCUCCUGCCCGGCUCCCGCCAGCCUUUGUGGGCCCAGCCCUUUCUCCAGCCGAAGCUCUGCAGGCCCGCCUUCUGCCUCCCGGUGGCCUGCGCAGAUGCAGCCCUGGCUGGAGAACAGCCCCUGCAGGCCCGGCUCCUGCCUCCCAGGGGCCUCUCCGGGCCCCGCUCUCGCCUGGCCUCACGGCGGCUUCCCGGGGCCAGGUUCCUGCCUGCCUCGCGGCAGCCUCGACCUCGCAGUGGGCCCUCCAGGCCCACCUCUUGCCUCGCCGUGGCCUCCUCGGGCCAGGCUCCUGCCCUUCGGCGGCCUCUGCAGGCCCAGCUCCUGCCUCCCAGUGGCCUGCGUAG